UCUGCAGAAAGACAAAAAAGCACCACGAGGAUGCGUACUGUGUUGUUGCUGGCCAGCUUUGUGUUCACCGCGUCGCACUACUUACUGGGCACCGCCCACAUGUUGUCCGACAACAUGCUGACCGGCAACGAGGCCGCCAUCUCCAACGCAAUCUCGGAGGGCAACCGCGACGCCAACGCUGGAGGAUUGUACGCACCCGUCGUCAUUGUGGAACUGCCAAAACCAGGAAGGAAAAAGAAGGCAAAAAAGAACAAGCUUAGUCGCAGGCGGCGCCCCCCGCCCCCCGCCGGCUGCGUCCCCAUGUGGGGCAGCUGCAAAUCCGAGGGAAAGGUGUGCUGCGAUUUCUGCGCUUUGUGCCACUGCCGCAUCUUCAGGACCGUGUGUUACUGCCGCAUGGGAAACCCUCAAUGCUGAGGAUCCCAGAUGACCUGACCUGACCCCACAACCCCCAUCCCCGAGGCCCC